GAGUUCAAUGGUCUUAUGAUAUGAUGCGAAAUGAAAAUGAGACCAAUUUUAUGCCGUAUCCCAAAAAUAUUUUUGCAAAUUCAGAAACACAACAAACUAGACGUGAAAAAAUUCCACAGGACCGAAUUGGGCGACAAAGUUACCGUUCUUGACGAAACUACUCUUACUGGUAGGCUGCUAGCUUAUAUAAGACCUAAAAAUGUGUCUGAAAAUCAAAUUGAGUCAUCAGUGGAUGCAAGGGAUAUUUUCAAAAACAGCCAUAAAUUGCGACAAUAUAGUCUACAUCAAAUCUUUCACACAUUCAACACUCUAGCUUACUUAGGGAACAGGAUGGAAUAUUUGGAAUUGCUGAAUAUGUUGGAUAAUGAAUGUUCUCAGAGAGUCAGAAAACUCAAAACUCAGGAAAUCAUAGAGCUGCUACAUGUUUACAUGAAAAUUAUACCAAAUAAAAUUGUACAACAUAAGUAUUAUGGUGUGGCAAUCAAAGAAUUAUUGAAUAGAAUUGAUACACUAACAAAAAAUGAUCUAGUACAACUUAUAUUUUAUAUUGGUCUGAUGAAGAAGUUUGCCAAGUCAGAAGUAUUGAGAAAGUGUGUUGAUAAAUUCAAUAAGAACACUGUCAACUCACUCUCUGCUGAGGAACUAUGUAUAAUUUGUAAUGCUACAUUCAAAACUGGCACACAUCUGGACAAUACAAUAUUUCUAGAUAAAGUAAUGAGUUACUUGAAUGAUAAUUUAUACUUACUCAAAGAUCCUGCAUUGUUUAUUACUCUAUUGAAGACUGUUAGACUUAACCGCUACCAAAAUGAAGACCUACUGUCUACAAUAACUUGUGCAAUGUUUUUCAACAAAACUCUUGAAUAUUACUCCUUCAUAGGAUUAUGUCACAUCCUUGCUCUGUACUCAGACUUCCUCUACUAUGAUGAAAAUGUUCUAAAUGCAUUCACAAGGAGGUGUAUCCAGCUUUUGAAGGAAAAUGAAUUUGUCUCAAUAAAUAAUGCUAGUCCAGACCAACCAAGACUGAAAGAUAUAAAGAGACUGCUGUGGAGUCUCAGCAACUUGAAUUUCAAAUGCCUCAAAGCAGCUGAUAUCAAAACAGUGAUAAUUCCCAAUAUUUUGGACAGAUUUGAAGCUGGGGAAUUGGAAGGAGACUCAUCAAGUCUUAUUGAGAUUAUGCUGUACUUGUGGAUGUUGAAUUACCAUGCCUAUGAACUUGUGCCUUAUGCUUUGACCAAAACAAAUAUUAAAACAAUCAAUGAGUCCAAUUCUCCUGCCAAACACCGUUUGAACCUUCUACUCUCAUGUAUACACCAUGAAGACAAGGCACUUUCAAGAAAUUUGAAAAUGUAUCCUGAUCUCACUGUCAGCUAUGACAAAACUUACCAGCUGGAGAAACGACCUCUAUUCCAAAGGAUUGUGAAAAUUGUCCAAAGGCUUUCCAUGGGACAUGAAAUCAACAGGUUUGAAAUGGGAUGUCAGAUUCCAGGAUUGAAUAUUCUAGGGAUAACAGGGUUCAAGAAAAAAAUUUACAAGGUGGUGCAUAUAGAGGUGUUAGAUGAGUAUACUACAAUGAAGAAUACUGAGGGAGUCCCAUCAGGGCUGAUGCAACUCAAGAUGAGGUUUUUGGAUGCUAGUGAUGAAGGAGUGAUUGUGAUUUCACAAGAUGAGAUGGACUCCAUAACUGAUGAAGAAUUACAAGAAUACAUACUAGAAGAGAUACAAUUGGUGAGCUAGUUAAUAAAAAAAUUACAUUGAAAUUCAUUUGUUCCUUGAAAUGAGCAGUUCAUUUUGUGAUAUUUACCAGCAACACUGUUGGUGUAAUAUAUCCUAGCAAUUCCUGCCAUUUUUACACUUAUUUUUGUUUUAUGAAGAUGUGAAAUGAAAUUCCAAAUAUUGACUACUGAAGUUACCAAAUUUGUGAUAUAAAUUUGCUCAAAUGAAAGAUUCCAUUUUGAUGAAAAAUAUGAUUAGGACAAUUUUUUAGUAUUGCAAACUAGUCUGAACCACAUAUAUUUAUUGAUUAAUUUAUUGAAUUAUCAUUAGUCAGAAAAGUGUCUUGUGUUGAAUGGGGUGAUAUUAUUUGUG